AUGGGAAACUCACUGCAAAAACCAACCCAAAACGGAGAGAAUCCUCAACAAGAAACUCAAGAAGAAGAUGAUGUUGAUUCAAGCUUCACCUGUGAGAUUUGCAUCGAACCCCUGUCAGCAAACAAGAAAUUCAAGAACAAGAACCGUUGUGUUCACCCUUUCUGUCUAGACUGCAUAGCCAAAUACAUCGAAGUCAAGAUCGAAGAUCACACCGCCAACAUUCAAUGCCCCGGAUUGAACUGCGAACAAGUUUUAGAUCCUCUCUCGUGCAGAGCGAUAAUCUCACCAAGUGUUUUUUCAAAGUGGUGUGAUCUUCUCUGCGAUAAUUAUGUUCUAGGGUUUGAAAGGAGCUAUUGCCCUGGUACGAAUUGCAUGGAGGUCGUGGUGAACGAGUGUGGUGGGAAUGUGAAGAAGAGUAAGUGUCCAAACUGUAGGCGAUUUUUCUGUUUUCAGUGUAAGUUGGCAUGGCAUGCAGGGUAUGGAUGUGCAGAAAGUAGAAAUAUGAGGGAUCGGAAUGAUAUCUUGUUUGGCCAGCUUGUUGAGAGAAAUACAUGGACUAGAUGUCCUGAUUGUGGACACUGUAUUGAGCUUCGUGAGGGCUGUAAAUCUGUCAAAUGCAGGUUUUUAUCUGAAACUUUCUCUUCUUCUUGUAAAAAUAAUUAA